UCGCAUUCAUACAUAUAUUUUUCAUCACUAUUGUAAAUGAACUAUUUUUAAUAUUUCUUUAUCUUUUCGCGAGAUGAUGACAACUUCCGUCCGCUCAAUUGUAUUUGUAAUGCUUUUAUCGUGAAACUCGAACGUAAACGUGCCCGGAAGUGUGUCUUAAUAUUUAAAGACUUUCACGGUUCUACGACGUGAUUCAAUUGUUAAACAAGUUAAGUUAGUUAUCGUCAGUUUCUAGUUUCAUUAUAGUUCUUGUUAACAGCUCAGUUUUAGUUUCAAGCAGACCGGUGGAGGUUUUACUGACCUUUGAAGUUAUCGUUUAGUGUAGCAGAGAGGUUAACUCUGUGAAAGCUACGUCUGGACCAACAGCAACCUUCCUGUAGUGACUUGAAAUGAUGCUCCGUAGUGCAGAGUAUUAGAUGCCCACGAUGAAUGCACAAACCAUGUCACUGAGAGCGCUGCUUUUUCUGGGGCUUUGGCACACUGGGAGAAGAAGUCUCGCCUCAGCCCCAGAGCUGCAGGAUCAGCCCAAAAAGAUAGCUGUGGUCGGAGCAGGCAUCGGUGGCACAGCUGCAGCAUAUUACCUCAGGCAGGAGUUUGGAGCCAGCGUGAAGAUCGACGUGUUUGAACCUGCCGAUGUCGGUGGGCGACUGGCGACGGUGACGAUUGGAGAUUAUGAGUAUGAGACGGGAGGUUCAGCCAUCCAUCCUCUGAACCUACACAUGAAGCACUUCAUUGAAAAAUUAGGUAUUUCUUCGCGGAAAGAUGUCUCCUCUAAAAUGGCAAUCUUUGAUGGAAAGGAGCUCACAUAUGAAGAGAGUGACUGGUUUAUAGUCAAUUUUUUUCGCAUGCUCUGGCGAUAUGGCUUCAGCUUCCUCCGAAUGCAGAUGUGGGUGGAGAGUAUUUUGGACAAAUUUAUGAGGAUCUACCAGUAUCAGCAGUAUGGUUACUCAUUCUCCAGUGUGGAGAGGCUCUUGCAUGCCAUGGGCGGCGAUAGUUUUCUUACCCUGAUGAAUCAGACUCUGGAGGAAGCAAUGAUGGGCGAAGGAUUUUCACAGGUCUUCCUCAAUGAUAUUGUUACACCCAUCACACGUGUCAACUAUGGCCAAAGUGUCCGCAUCAAUGGCUUUGUGGGGGCCGUGUCACUAGCAGGAGCAGAUUCAGGCCUGUGGGCAGUGGAUGGAGGCAAUAAGAGAGUUUGCUCAGGACUAUUGUACCACAGCAAAAGUGAGCUUAUCUCUGCCAGAGUGACCUCCAUUUCAGUCAAAGUUCGACCAUCCAAGAAGGGCGCCACGACCAGUUAUUAUGAGGUCAGUUACGUUGGAGAAUCAGGCUCAGCGCACUCACUGUAUGACAUAGUGAUAAUAGCAACACCACUUCACCAGGGAAAGUCUGACAUCACCUUCUCAGGGUUCUCUCCUCCAAUUCCGUCUCACUAUCCGGGGCACUACCACCAGACUGUCUCCACUCUGAUCCACGGCAUGGUGAACAUAUCCUACCUCGGGACCACAGAGCCAGCCUCGGAGUUCACUGUAUCUGAUGUCUUAACCACAGAGGGCUGUGCCAUCCACAGCCUGAGCUCUCUUGACCCUGUGCACAUCCCUCAGGGUUACAAGCGACCCCCUGCCAGCCAGACCAAAGUCUGGAAGGUGUUCUCCCAACAGCCACUGUCCCAGGAGCAGCUGCGGGACAUCUUCCUCUCCUGGGAUUCGGUGUCUGAGACCCGGUGGCUAGCUUAUCCCUCUUAUCGCCCGCCGCAACGCAAGACCCCUCCCUUCAUCCUGCACAACCGGCUGUACUACCUCAACGCUGUGGAGUGGGCGGCCAGCGCCAUGGAGAUGAGUGCCAUCUCUGCCCGCAACGUGGCCCUGCUGGCACACCACCGCUGGCACCAACAGGUCAGCAAGAUUGACCAGGAAGACCUGCACACCCGACUAAGAGGUGAACUCUGAAUAGGUAGAACUAAAAACAAUAAAAUAAUUUCAAUCAAGUACAGUAUACAGUAAAGCCACAGGCUUGGUGCACUUAAUAACACUCCUGUCAGGGCAAAUCCCAACUCUCUUUCAGGUAUCUGGGGUGCUCUGAGCUCUUUUAACUUAAAGGGCCAUUCCAGUUUUUUAAAACUUGGAUCUUACUGUUGUGGUUUUUAAUAAUAAUUUCUAAUAAUUUCUACCUUGUACCCAAAAAUUACAGCUGAAGACGGCAACAUAGCUACAAUGAAGUCUGACAGGGCAACAAACAUGACCUGCUGUAAACGAUCAGCAGUUUAACCAGAUUAUCUAGACUGCUGUAUUCUGAAGUAAAACCCUCAAUGCACAUGAAAACUGUUUCUGAACACACAUAUACUUUUAAAUAUGGGAUUUUAGAGCUUAACCAGAAAGUCGUUUCUCUUUGUCUUCAUUUUCUCUUCAAAUUAAGAAGCUAACCUGCAGGGUUUGUUUAAAACCUGUCUGAUCAUUUGAUUAUUCAUGUUUCUUGUCCUGUCUGACUUAUAUUGUCUUUUUAGUCUUCCCAGAUCUCAGUAGUUAACUUGGUGAGUACAACAAUAUUAUUACCAAUAGUAUGCUUGAAACAGAGAAUAAAUCCUUAAAUCACGGGCACAGUUCAUUGUUCACCAGCAACAGCAACACAAAUCACACUAAAAGGCGGCUUAAACUUGUGCUGUGCUGAAUUUUGUAAUCACUGUGAAAAUGCUGCACUGCAGGUAGACACAUACUCUCAUUCAGUAAGUGGUCCUCACAUGGGUGUCUCAAACAAAUCUAUUUUAUUUUUUUUAUGUGCGUUCCUGCUGUUAUGAACACGGUACAACUAACAUACAGGAAAUGUUUGCUAAUAUAAAGAGGUCCUUUUCAAGUGAUGGAUUUAUGUGUCUUCCAGUGAUCUCUCAGUCUCUCUACCUCCUCGGCAGGCUACUGUAUACGUUGCUAGUGAGUGCAGGUAGCUGUCAGCGAGGGAGUUGUGUCACCACAACAUUUUUCUUUGUAAAUUGGAUAUUGUUGAUGUCACUUAUGAUCAAACUAUUGCAGUAACAGAGUAUAAAUUCCGCUUUUGAUGAUUAUUUAACGAUUGCGCCUUAACGAUAGAACAAUUGGCUCAUGUCCUUAUUAAAUAAUAACCCGGUUUUAAUGUUACAAAUCAUUUCUUGUUCCUAUGUCAUUUUUAAUGAUAUGAAAAUAGCCAUCAGUCAGUACACCAAGACCUCACUGAAAAAGAUGCAUUUUUUUGUAUUUUGAUGUCACAUACAGAGGAGAAUCUGUUCUGAAGUAUUAUGUACUUGUGAUUUAUCAGAUGUUGGGUCACUUACACCACUUUCAUGCUCUUUAGCCACUUGGGGAACAAAUUUGUAGGUUGCUUCCUGUUUCUUAAGCACUUUUAGAGGUGUAUUUUUCUAGAUUUUUGAAAGAUGUUUUCUGGUUGUGAAGACAUACUGUAACACAAAUAUUAAUAGUUUAAGUUUAAGUGACAGAAACGUUUUGCACUGAAGUCCAUUUGCGAAGGCUAAAAACGACCAUGUGGAGUAUUUACACUGGCUUCUUCUGCACAAAUAAAAUUAGGCUUUUAAUGACAAAUCUGAACUUUUGAUUUCGAACGGCUACUGGAUCAGACUGUAUUUUGCAGGUGUUUACAAUCACAAUAAAGUGAUGAGGCCUUGUCUCGUCUCUGCUCCUAUUCA